AUGAAGCCAGUUCAGGGCUCAUCUGAACCAAUCAAUCUAGACACCGGGAGUAAGGCGACUGCCAAAGACCGAGCGACCCCGGGAUACCUCAAAGGCUCAGGUCGUCAAAAGCGAAAAGCCCCUCCAUCCCAGUCUUCGGAGUCGAAGAUUGUGCGACUGAAGCUCACAAAACCAAGGCCACCCAAACCCAAACCCCAAGAAGUGGACUGGGAUGAAGAUCUGCGUCCUACACCCAAUGAGAUAGCUGAGAAUAAAGGGACCCAUGGAGGGACCUCCGUUGCCGAUACAGACCCGAAGCGACCGAAGACAGUUGGCAGAAACACAGGAAGCAAGCGAGCAAUGGAAUCAAAGCCACAAACGACCUCGGCCAAACGCAGGAAAUCGAACAGGAAGAGCACUACUACCAAGGAGGGCAGCAACGUAGGGCCACAAUUGCCAUUGAUAACGCUUACUGCAAGCGCCUUGCCUCCUGCAGCCCCUCUAGGUAAUAGCGGGCUUUCUGAUAUGGGCCCCUUGGACGGGCAAAGCAAAGAUUACGCCACGAAGCUAGAUGGCCAUGUGCCCGAAGCUUCGAACCAACCUUCGCUACCGACAGAUGGCCACAACAAGCAUGGAAAUAACAGCGAGCGAGGUGUGACCGUCGGGAUAAGAAGCUGCACAUCGGUGACAACUGAGUCAUCCUCGGAUUUCGAAGACCAUGGCAAAGGGCCAUCCCGUACUUCAAAAGUCAGCAUCCUGGAGCAUCGGGCAAAGUCCAAUAGACAAACAAAUAAAGGCAAAUCUGUCUAUGUGAUGCCCGAGGUAUCCUCAAGUUCCGACGUCGACCUCAAAGGACCGUCUCGCACCACUCCUUCAAAGGUCACCAUCCUGGAGUCAAGGGCACUUCCAAAGGAACGAAGCAGCCAGGCCAAGACGGUUCAUGACAAGAGUCAUCCCAAAAAUGGUGGUAGAGCACAGAGUGUUGGCAACAAGCUGAUGCUUGCGCUCCACGGAGCAGAGCCUUCUCAUCACGAGCCAGUCAAUGACCGAAAUGCACCUCUCAUCAUUUCCUCCGAUUCAGUGCAACCCCAGGAAUCUCCUAGAAAACAGCAGUCUGACCAAAUGCCGAUCGAAACAGUGUUGGAAUCCUCAGAUAUCCAAAGAGUACUGGACAAAGCAAUUCCAGUUGAAAUACCCCCGAACCAAACCGAGCCUGAGACUGUCAAUCCAGCAUUGAUUACCAAAACACUUCCGCCUAAGGAAGAGAAGAUAGAACAGCUGGAUGACGCAAGCUUCUGGAAGCUCCUGGGCGAUGACAGAAUGUCCACUCCAGCGAGCUCUUCAGAAUUUGAAGCCGGCAGAGGCUUGAUGGGAAACAGCCCUUCAAUCCUUGAUUACCACAUGGAAAUGGAACAUAUCCCCGGAUUUGCAACCUUGCAGCCCAUGAGAUCCGCACCGACCACCCCUUCACACGCCACUAACAUUUGCGAAAGCCAGGCAGACAGCUCGGGUAUAUCAGAGGUAGGAAAACUCAAUGAUCUCAUAGCAGGGAUUGAGGGACGCGAGGGUAGCCAUACCCCGGAGUCUCAAAAGCCGCUUCUCACCAAUGAAUCCCUAAUGGAACCGAAUUAUGCAUCUCCCCAUCCCCCAAAAUCAGUCCUGAGGACCAGCAUUGUCGACGGUAACGGUAGUCCUCGACUCAUGCCCCAGCCAGCCAAGAGCAUGGUUUCGCCUCAGUUUGAUUUGGACGGCGAAAGGGGCCACGAAGAGACAAUCAGUGUCACUAACACCAGUCCAAGUCAAUACGAUCGAAGCUCAUGCAGUAUCUCUACUGAGAGUAAAUAUGAAGGGCUCAUGUGGACCAAGUUUCAGAGAGACAUGUUCCUGGAAUAUGGGAUCCAAACGGAAAAACUGGCGAAAUCUCAUCCAUGGCCGCCGCCUAAAAAGCAUCGCCCGUCGUUCUCCCAGGAGGAUACUGCUGAUGGGGCCCACUCCGAGAAAGCAUCGACGACUGGACCAAGUUCUUCCCAGAGAACGAUCGACGAGAGAGCAUUAGGCAGCGCUCCUCCAAAGAAUCACGAGUAUCUUGACCAAUCGUCCCGAACAGAUAUAUCAGGGUCAACACAGUCAGCUGAUAAAUCGCACCAAUCCUCUGCAAGGGGUGAUCAUGAUGAUAUGGAAUGGAUAUCAACUUUGCAAGUGGCGCAGAAAGACGCGCACCACCUGCUUCAACAAACCAAUUCGAAUUUGUCCACUCAGCUGGCGGCAGAAAAGGCCACUAUCAGUCGAGUCCUGGAGAUCUACCGAGAGGGAUGUAGUCGGAUCCUUGACGACCUGUUCCAGGCGCAAGAAGCACGAAUGCAGCUAUACCGACAGCAGAUGCAAUCUGUUAAGGAACAGCAUGCAGAUAUAUGUCAAGACCUGGUUCGUGGACUGCAGGAGCUCGACCGUCGGUUCUUCAUUGAUAACCCUAAUGUGGGCAACCACAGUCAUUUGGAAGACUCUCGCAUUCUCGGCUACAACCCUCUCACCCCACCCAAUCUCCUUCAGCAUGAGAUCGCAUUGACCGAGAAGUCACGACAGACCGUACUCGAGGGACGAAAUGAAGCCGUCGAGAUUGUCCAUGGCACAGAUACCAAGCUCCAGCGUCUGAUGGUGGUCAUCGGACCAUGCUCCAUCCACGACCCGGAAAUGGCCCUCGAAUACUGCGAUCGCCUAAUGAAGAUGAAGGAGAAGUACGCCGAUGAGCUGCUGAUCGUGAUGCGCUCGUACCUCGAGAAGCCCCGCACAACCGUCGGUUGGAAAGGCCUGAUCAACGACCCGGAUAUCGACAACAGUUUCAAGAUCAACAAGGGUCUCCGCGUAUCGCGCCAGUUGUUCGUCGACCUGACCAACAAGGGCAUGCCCAUCGCCAGCGAGAUGCUCGACACAAUCUCCCCCCAGUUCUUGGCCGAUUGUCUGUCGGUCGGUGCCGUCGGUGCGCGCACCACCGAGUCUCAGGUCCACCGCGAGCUGUCCUCCGGUCUGUCCUUCCCCGUCGGAUUCAAGAACGGUACCGACGGCUCGCUCGAUGUCGCAGUUGAUGCCAUUGGCUCCGUUAAGCACCCCCACCACUUCCUGUCCGUCACAAAGCCCGGUGUUGUCGCUAUCGUGGGAACCGUCGGUAAUCCCGACUGCUUCGUUAUCCUUCGCGGAGGCAAGAAGGGCACUAACUACGAUGCUGCCAGCAUCGCGGAUGCCAAGGCUAAGCUUAUUGCCAAGGGCAUGCGUCCUCGUCUUAUGAUUGACUGCAGCCACGGUAACUCCGAGAAGAACCACAAGAACCAACCCAAGGUCGCUGCUGUGGUUGCUGAGCAGCUUGCUGCCGGUGAGGAUGCUAUUAUGGGUGUUAUGAUUGAGAGUAACAUCAACGAGGGCAACCAGAAGGUCCCCGCGGAGGGCAAGGCCGGUCUCAAAUACGGUGUCAGUAUCACAGAUGCCUGCAUCAACUGGGAGGACACCGAGUCAGUACUGGCGACUUUGGCUCAAGGUGUUCGCGCUCGUCGGGAAAAAUCGGAGACGAAAUAA